AUGUCGCACAACGACACAUCGGUAAUCCUUCGUGAUAUCUUUGCCUCUUAUGACAAGAGAGUAAUUCCUUUUACUGAUGGACCUGUUGUGAUCAACAUGACAAUCGUUCUUGGAAUAUUGGUAGAAGUGAGAGAGAACGAGCAAUUAGCUGCAUAUGUUAUAUCGCAUACUCAGCGUUGGUAUGAUCGUCGCUUACAAUGGGAUCCGAAUAACUACAGAGGGCAAAAAGAGGUCAUCGUUCCUCAGAGCAUGGUCUGGAUACCUAAAUUAUUUGUUUAUAACAGGUGA